CGCAGGCGUACUACCCUCUCUCCUCAGUUGCCGUAAAGGUGCUCGGUCCUUCCGAGAAGCUAAGGCCGCGUUGGGGUGAGGCCCUCACUUCAUCCGGCGACUAGCACCGCGCUCGGCAGCGCCCGCCAGCACUCGCCCACACCAUGGCCUCGGUCUCUGAGCUCGCCUGCAUCUACUCGGCUCUCAUCCUGCACGACGAUGAAGUGACAGUCACGGAGGAUAAGAUCAAUGCCCUCAUUAAAGCAGCUGGUGUAAAUGUUGAACCUUUCUGGCCAGGCUUGUUUGCAAAGGCCCUGGCCAAUGUCAACAUCGGCAGCCUCAUCUGCAAUGUAGGGGCAGGUGGGCCUGCCCCGGCACCUGGUGCUGCCCCGGCAGGAGGUCCUGCCCCCUCCACCACUGCUGCCCCAGCUGAGGAGAAGAAAGUGGAAGCAAAGAAAGAAGAAUCUGAGGAGUCUGAUGAUGACAUGGGUUUUGGUCUUUUUGACUAAACCUCUUUUGUAACGGCCAAUAAAAAGCUGAACUCCUUG